UGGCGUCUCCCCUAGGCUCACCUGGCUCUCCCCUUGUCUCCCUGCAGGGUGCUGGCUGUCACGCUGAAAUGAACCUUCAGCGCUCCUCCGUCUACCAUGGCCACCCUUAGCUCACCCUCCGCUGUGGGUACCACCCUUUCCCCUGGGCACGAUGCCCUGGGCACCUCCUCCGCCCACACCCCCUCGGAGCCUGUCACCAAAGAGCCCCCUGCUGCUCCCUCCACCUCUGAGAGCAUGAGGCCCUCGGAGCCAGGGGGGCAGCCCCUGGAGUCGGGCUGUGGCCUAGCCCCACCAAAGGAGACUGGGGACCCCCAACAGGAGCCUGGCUGUGGUCUCUUCCCACCAAAGGAUCUAGGGGCAGAAGACGAGGAGGAGGGAGAAGGGCUCCCUCGUGUGGACCUAAACAACCACCUCUUCUUCACAGCCAGUGGGGAGGCCUACCUGGUGGCCAAGCUGGCCCAGGCUGGCAGCAGCGAACCCCUUUUACCAAAGGGCUUUCCCUGGGGCGAGGCAGGCGCCAGGGCAGAGCCCAGCCUGCCCCUCCUCACCCACUCUUCCCCCGCCCACCUCACUGCCCUUCACGUCCAGCACGGCUUUGACCCAAUCCAAGGCUUUAGCUCUUCUGACCAAAUCCUGUCCCAUGAUACCUCAGCGCCGCCUCCGGCUGCCUGUGAGGGCAGGGAUGGAGCCUUCUGGAGCUACCAGCUGGCUCCAAACCCGCCUGGAGAUCCCAAAGAUGGCCUCGUGGGGAGCAGGGGGGCGGGGGGCAUGGCCCCCUUCUGGCUCUGCCUGCUGUGCCGCCUGGGCUUCAGCAGGCCCCAGGCCUUUGUGGGCCAUGCUCGGUCACACGGGGCGACACUCACUCCGGCGCAGCACCAGGGCCUGCCCGCUUGCCCAGCCCUGCUCCGCGUGGGGGGCGAGGGCAGCAUGGCCCUCAUAAGCUUUCUGGAACCAAACCCCCCCACCUGCCCACCGCUAGAGACCCCCCUGGACAGGGGUGGCACCGUGAACCUGGAGACAGAUGUAGCCCAGACUAAGGACGGUUCCCCUGGGGCAGAAGUCCAGGCUCGGGUCCUGCCCCCAACGGGAGUCAUGGCCCUCAGCCCCCACUCUCCAACCACAGCCCCAGUCACCUGGGGCCCCAGCCCAAGCCAAGCCAAAGAAUUGCCACGGGCAGCAGGCGAGGUGGGGCCAGACUGGUUCCCUGAGGGGCAAGAAGAGGAUGGAGGGCUCUGCCCGCCACCCAACCAAAGCUCACCCACCUCCAAGGAGGGUCCCCCCCUCCCCACCCCGGUGGGCUCGCCCGAAGACCCCAGUGACCCACCACAGCCCUACCGCCUGACGGACGACUAUGGCCCGGUGCCUGCAGCCUUCCAGGGCCUCAGCCUGUCCAGCCACAUGUCCCUGCUCCACUCCCGCAACUCCUGCAAAACACUCAAGUGUCCCAAGUGCAACUGGCACUAUAAGUACCAGCAGACCCUGGACGUGCACAUGCGGGAGAAGCACCCCGAGAGCAACAGUCACUGCAGCUACUGUAGCGCGGGCGGGGCCCACCCCCGCCUGGCCCGGGGCGAGAGCUACAACUGUGGCUACAAGCCCUACCGCUGCGACGUCUGCAACUACUCCACCACCACCAAGGGCAACCUCAGCAUCCACAUGCAGUCCGACAAGCACCUGGCCAACCUGCAGGGCUUCCAGGCCGGGCCCGGGGGCCAGGGCAGUCCCCCCGAGGCCGCUCUCCCCGCUUCUGCAGGGGACAAAGAGCCCAAGACCAAAUCUUCCUGGCAAUGCAAGGUAUGCAGCUACGAGACCAACAUUUCCCGCAACCUCCGCAUCCACAUGACCUCUGAGAAGCACAUGCAGAACGUCCUGCUGCUGCACCAGGGGCUGCCGCUGGGCCUGCCGCCGGGGCUCGUGGGCCCAGGCCCCUCUGCCCCACCCGGGGCCGCCCCCACCAACCCUCCUGAGCUCUUCCAAUACUUCGGGCCGCAGGCCCUGGGGCAGCCUCAGGCUCCCCUGCCAGGCCCCGGGCUGAGGCCGGAGAAGCCCCUGGAGGCCCAGUUGCUGCUCAACGGCUUCCACCACCUUGGAGCACCUGCCCGCAGGUUCCCCACGCCCGCCCCUGGCAGCCUCUCCCCAGACGCCCACCUGCCUCCCAGUCAGCUCCUGGGCUCCUCGCCUGACGGCCUGCCCGCCUCGCCAGCCCUAGCUGAGAGCCCGAGCCUGAAGGCGUUCCGCUGCCUGGUGUGCCAGGCCUUCAGCACCGACAGCCUGGAGCUGCUGCUCUACCACUGCAGCCUAGGCCGCAGCCUCCCAGAGGCCGAGUGGAAGGAGGUCGCUGGCGACACCCACCGAUGCAAGCUCUGCUGCUAUGGCACCCAACUCAAGGCCAACUUCCAGCUCCACCUCAAGACAGACAAGCACGCCCAGAAGUACCAGCUGGCGGCCCACAUGCGGGAGGGGGGCGGGGCCGUGGGCACCCCCUCGCCAGUGGCCCUGGGAGACGGAGCGCCCUACAGCUCCGUCUCCCCACUGCACCUGCGCUGUAACAUCUGCGACUUCGAGUCCAACAGCAAGGAGAAGAUGCAGCUGCAUGCACGGGGUGCAGCCCACGAAGAAAACAGCCAGAUCUAUAAGUUUCUGCUGGAGAUUGAGGGCACGGAAGCAGGGCCUGAGCUAGGGCUCUAUCACUGCCUGCUGUGUGCCUGGGAGACCCCCUCCCGCUGGGCUGUGCUGCAGCACCUGCGGGCACCCGCUCACCGAGAUGCCCAGGCCCAGAGGCGGCUUCAGCUGCUGCAGAAUGGGCCGCCAGCCACCGAGGACGGGCUCUCGGGCCUUCAGAACAUCCUGAGCUUCAGUCACAGGCAGCUCCCGGCGGCCGGGAAGGCUUCUGUCACCCCCUUAGCUGAGCUCCCCGCCACUGAGAAUGACACCCAGAACAAGACAGAACAACUGGCUUCUGAAGAGGCAGAGAACAAGGCAGAGAAGGGUGCCAACCAGACCACGGUCUACUGCUGUCCAUAUUGCAGUUUCAAGAGCCCAGAGUCAGAGCAGGUCAGGGCUCAUACACUCUCUCAGCAUGCAGUGCAGCCCAAGUACAGAUGCCCACUGUGCCAGGAGCAGCUAGUGGGCCGGCCCGCCCUGCACUUCCACCUGAGCCACCUUCACAGUGUGGUGCCUGAGUGUGUUGAGAAGCUGCUGCUUGUGGCCACAACCGUAGAGAUGACCUUUAUGACCAAAGUGCUGCCUGGGUCCAGUCUCUGCCCCGUGGAGGAAGGCCCAGACCCCCUGUUUCCCGAGCCGGAGCCCACACCCGGCAGAGAGCAGGCGUCAUCAGAAGGUCCUAGCCUGACCCCAGAUGCCAGCCCAGAUCCUCCUCCUGAGCCUCCUCUGCCCUCAGCCGAGGCCCUAGACAAGCCCAUGGGAAGCCCUGACCAACCCCCUUCUCUACCCCCGUCACCAGUCCCCAGGCUUGAUGCCCAAGCUGAAGAAAUGGCCCCUCCAUCCAUCGUGGCCGAAGAGGAAGAAGGGUCAGCUGGGGAAACCCGCCCUGCAGAGCCAGUUCCAGCUGACUCUCGCCACCCUCUGACCUAUCGGAAGACCACCAACUUCGCCCUGGACAAGUUCCUGGACCCUGCCCGGCCGUAUAAGUGCACGGUGUGCAAGGAGUCCUUCACCCAGAAGAACAUCCUCCUGGUGCAUUACAAUUCUGUCUCCCACCUUCACAAGAUGAAGAAGGCUGCCAUCGACCCUGCUGCCCCCGCCCGGGGAGAAGGAGGGGCUCCCCCCACCACCACCUUGGCCACAGACAAACCCUUUAAAUGCACAGUCUGCCGAGUCUCCUACAACCAGAGCUCCACGCUGGAGAUCCACAUGCGCUCAGUCCUGCAUCAGACUCGCUCUAGGGGCACCAAGACGGACACCAAGGCCGAGGGGCCAGAACGCAGCCAAGAAGAGCCCAGGGAAGGCGAGGCCGAGGGGGAGGUGGGCGGUGAGAAGAAAGGCCCCGACUCCAGUGGCUUCAUGUCUGGGCUGCCCUUCCUGUCCCCUCCACCCCCGCCCUUAGACCUCCCCCGAUUCCCAGCCCCACUCUUCUCCCCUCCAGUCCUGCCCCACUUCCCACUCGUCCCCGAAUCACUGCUUAAGCUCCAGCAGCAGCAGCUCCUCCUGCCCUUCUACCUCCAUGACCUCAAGGUGACACCCGUGCUGUCCCUGCCGGCUGCCACUCCUCCACCGCCUCCUCUACCCGCUAAGGCUGAGCUGGCUGAGCAGGAGUGGGAGCGGCCCCCCAUGGCCAUGACCGAAGAGGGGAAUGAGGCAGGACCCUCCUCACCACCCCACCCAACACCCAAUGAGGCAGCCCGUACUGCCGCCAGAGCCCUUCUAGAAAACUUUGGCUUUGAGCUAGUUAUCCAGUACAAUGAAGGGAAGCAGGCGGCGCCUCCACCCCCAGCCCCACCUCCUCCCGAAGCCCUGGGCGGUGGGGACAAGCUGGCCUGUGGGGCCUGCGGGAAACUCUUCUCCAACAUGCUGAUCCUCAAGACCCACGAGGAGCACGUCCACCGCCGCUUUCUGCCCUUUGAGGCCCUGAGCCGCUAUGCUGCUCAAUUUCGGAAGAGCUACGACAGCCUCUACCCACCCCCUGCAGAGCCCCCCAAAGCUGAUGGGCCUCUGGACUCACCUGCUCCCCAACUGUGCCCACCCUUCUUGGUCCCGGAGCCUGAGGCAGGGGCGGCCCGUCCCCCGGAGGGGCGAAACCGGGCAGGAGGACACGGCCCCCCGGAGGAGGAAGAGAGCUCCCGAGGGCACUUUCCUCCCUUGGUGCCUGCUGGCCGCCGCUUCUCCAGAACCAAGUUCACCGAGUUCCAGACCCAGGCCCUGCAGUCCUUCUUUGAGACCAGUGCCUACCCCAAAGACGGGGAGGUGGAGAGGCUGGCGAGUCUCCUGGGUCUAGCUAGCCGCGUGGUGGUAGUGUGGUUCCAGAAUGCUCGCCAGAAAGCUCGAAAAACUGCCAGUGAGGGAGGGCCUGUGUCAACCGGAGCAGGAGCCGGGGCAGGCUCUGGCUGUAAGCGCUGCCACACAACCUUCUCCUGUGUCUUUGAGCUGGUUCGGCACCUCAAGAAAUGCUAUGAUGACCAGCCCCUAGAAGAGGAGGAAGAGGAGGCAGAGAGAGAGGAAGAGGAGAUGGAAGAGGAUGAAGCAGAGGAGGAACAGGGCCUGGAACCCCCAGCAGGGCCUCAGGGUUCCUCACCAGACCCUCCAGACAGGGAGGAGCUGAGCCAAGCAGAGGGAGCACAGCCAGGAGGCAGAGAGCCUGAAGAGAAGGCUCCUCCCUCCCCAGCCCCAGCCCCAGCCCCAGCCUACACCUGUGACCAGUGUCCCACAUCUUUCCCCAGCCAGGACCUCCUCGCCAGUCACCGAAGACUACAUUUCCUGCCGUCUGUACAGCCCAGUGCUCCCCCGCACCUCUUAGAUCUGCCCUUGCUGGUGUUUGGGGAACGGAAUCCCCUGGUGGCAAGCACUCCGCCAGUGGCAGGGCCACCCCUCAAACGAAAGCACGAGGAUGGCAGCCUGUCCCCUACAGGCAGUGAGGCCGGGGGUGGAGGGGAGGGAGAGCCCCCCAGGGACAAGCGGCUUCGCACCACCAUUCUGCCAGAGCAGCUGGAGAUCCUGUACCGCUGGUACAUGCAGGAUUCCAACCCAACGCGCAAGAUGCUCGACUGCAUCUCAGAGGAGGUGGGGCUCAAGAAGCGAGUGGUGCAGGUCUGGUUCCAGAAUACCAGGGCCCGGGAAAGAAAAGGCCAGUUUCGAAGCACCCCUGGGGGGAUGCCCAGCCCAGCAGUCAAACCCUCUGUCCCACCCACUCCGGCACCCUUCCCCAAGUUCAAUCUCUUAUUGGGCAAGAUAGAUGAAGGGGUGGGGAGGGAAGCCACCAAGAGGGAGGCGCCUGCUUUCCCCUACUCCCCAGCCACCUCUGCUGCUGGGGCUCUGCCUUUCCCGCCACCAGGGAAGGAGGCCCCCACCGCGGCUCCAGAACCACCUCUCCCACUCCCCACUGGGCGCCCCCCCAGUGAAGAUGAGGGCCCAGAGGAAGUGCUGAAAGCUUCCCCAGAGAGUGAGGCUGGCAGCCCAUCUGCAGGGGAUCUGAGCGAUUCAUCUGCUUCUAGCCUGGCUGAGCCCGAGUCCCCUGGAGCUGGAGGGAUCAGUGGGGGAGCAGGGGGUGGACUUGGGGUUCCAGAUGGAAUGGGGCAGCGGCGCUACAGGACCCAGAUGAGCAGCUUGCAGCUGAAGAUCAUGAAGGCUUGCUACGAAGCCUACCGCACACCCACCAUGCAAGAGUGUGAGGUGUUGGGGGAGGAGAUUGGGCUGCCCAAGAGAGUCAUCCAGGUCUGGUUCCAGAAUGCUCGUGCCAAGGAGAAGAAGGCCAAAAUGCAGGGGGCAACAGUUGGGGGCUCUGGAGGCAGCAGUGAGGGCCCCCUGGGAGCGCAGCGCACUGACUGCCCCUAUUGCGAUGUCAAAUAUGACUUCUAUGUCUCCUGCCGCGGCCAUCUCUUUUCCCGGCAGCACCUGGCCAAGCUUAAGGAGGCUGUCCGAGCACAGCUGAAGAGCGAAAGCAAGUGCUACGACUUGGCCCCUGCACCCGAAGCACCCCCAGCACCCAAGGCCCCGCCAACCACCAUGCCUGCUGCUUUGCCCCUCGCGGCUGCCCCAGCCCUGCCACGUCUGGCCCCCGUCCUCUUGUCUGGCCCAGCUCUGACCCAGCCCCCACUGGGCAGCUUAGCUCCUUUUAAUUCAGGCCCUUCCGCCGCCUCGGGCCUCCUGGGCCUCGCCACUUCAGUCCUGCCUGCUACUACAGUGGUCCAGACGACUGGCUCGGGCCGCCCCUUACCUCAGAGACCUGUGCCUGACCAAACCAACACCGCUACAGCAGGCACCACUGACCCCGCCCCAGGCGCUCCGACUGAACCCUCAGGAGACAAGGUCUCUGGUGAGCGAAAGCCAGUCACAGCUCCCCACUCCUCCACUGAUGCCCUCAAGAACCUCAAAGCAUUGAAGGCCACUGUCCCAGCUCUGCUGGGGGGCCAAUUCCUGCCCUUCCCACUGCCUCCUGCAGGGGGAGCAGCACCACCAGCUGUCUUUGGCCCCCAGUUACAGGGGGCCUACUUCCAGCAGCUCUACGGCAUGAAGAAGGGGCUAUUUCCCAUGAACCCCGUGAUACCUCAGACCCUCAUUGGGCUGCUCCCCAAUGCCCUCCUCCAGCCACCACCCCAGGCCCCUGAGCCCACAGCCACAGCGCCUCCAAAGCCACUGGAACCGCCGGCCCCCGGGGAGGGGGCGCCUGGGGAGGCCGACGAGCUGCUGGCAGGCAGCACGGGCAUCUCCACUGUGGAUGUGACCCACCGCUACCUGUGCCGCCAGUGCAAGAUGGCAUUUGACGGGGAGGCCCCAGCCACUGCCCACCAGAGGUCCUGCUGCUUCUUCGGGCGGGGCUCCAUACCCCCUCCGCUGCGGGUGCCCAUCUGCACCUACCACUGCCUGGCGUGUGAGGUGCUGCUGAGUGGGCGUGAAGCCCUGGCCUCCCACCUGCGCUCCUCGGCCCAUAGGCGCAAGGCGGCCCCUCCCCCCGGGGGCCCACCCAUCACCGUCACCAACGCCGCCACGGCCGCCUCGGCUGCUGUGGCUUUUGCCAAAGAGGAAGCAAGAUUACCUCACACGGACUCCAACCCAAAAACUACUACUACCUCUACACUUCUAGCUUUAUAAACAGAUAAACCAAGAUGUGGGGCGAGGGGAGGGCCUCACGGCUCCCUCUCUUAACCCAAGGGGUGUUUGGUGGGAGCUCAGAUCCCUCACCCCAACCCUAGGUUCCGCCCACCACCUGGGAAUCUUUGAUUCCUGCCCUCAGUGGGCUUCACACACCCCACCUCCAGCAGAGUGCUGCCUCCGCCCCGCCCCGACACAUGCUCUGAUCCUGUCCCCAGAUCCCUGCAGCUGUAGCCCUUGGCCCUCCUUGUCAUCUCACGUCUGUCUGCCCUGCCCACCCCGCCACUGUCUGCCAUGGGCUCCACCGCCCUAGUCCUGUCUCCUCCGACUCCCGCAGCCCUACAUUUCCAAGACGCACGUGCGCGCGCACACAUACCUGCUACGAGUAACCCCAAAAAGAAAACCCGAGACAAAGCAGGGCAAGGAAAAGACGCCCUGCACUCAUUCCCUGCCCGCCCGCCCGUGUCUGGAGCACAGACCUCCAAACGCCAGUUGGCUCCAAGCUCGGCGCCUGGGAUGGGCAGGGGACCCUCAGAACUCUAACCAAACGAGGCUGGCAGGAGACGUGCUCCCAGCUCACCCUCCUACCCCCCAGCACCCGGCCUGCCCUGCCUGGGAGCCCUGCGGCCUGGACGCCAGGGGAAGCUGCCGUGGCCUGGAACCCUUCUGCCAACCCCCACCCUACACCCUGGGAACUGCAGUAACUUAUUCUCAAAGGCUUUAAACACAGAGAUCCUCUCAGCAGCCGUGGGCCGCCUCUUGUCCCAGCCCUGCCAAGUCGGGGCUCCAGCCUCGGGACUGGCGCUGCCCACCAACGGCAAAUCCAAAGUUCUUUAAAAAAAAAAAAAAACUUAAAACACACACACACAACCAAAAAAAAGAAAAAAACGGAGAGCGCGCACCCAUGUGCACAAGAUGGCGAGACCAGAGGAAUGAACUAAAGAAAAGCAUAAACUUGGAAAAAUACAGAAAAAAAAAACCUCCCAUCAAAUAAGUGUUUUUUUUCCCCUGUUUUGUGUAACACCCUCCCUCCCCAUUUUAAGGGUUUCUUUAAGCCAUUUCACUUUUUGGAAGAUCAAAUGCCUUUAGCUCCUCCCCGUGGGUCUGGUGAUUGAUCCUCGUGGCGGUGGCAGAGUGUCCCUGCUCAGGCAGG